GCCAUUCCUUCGCUCUAAGAAAUCACCCUUCUUUCCACAUCUUCUCUCAUUUUACCUCUUCCUUUUUUUUCUUCCAAAUAAGUAAUAACUCGUCCCAGAAGACUCCAAUACACCUUCUUUCCUCAGCUUUGACGAAAAACUCCAAUCCUUACACUACACGAGAAAUAUGAAUUCGACUCCCGGCACGUCUUCAGCGGGUUCCGCCCCUGGUUUUUCGCGGAGCAGUCAAGACCAAAACGCCGGUAUUGGUCGUCGCCCCAGCCGACGUGCCCGAGCAAGUCGUAAUCCACCGAGGCGUACAACAAACGGCACCCGCAUGGGCGUAGAGACCCCAGAACAAGUAAGAGCUUCACUGGAUCUGUGGGAACCCAGCCAAGAGCUGGGCAGAGACUACUUCGACGCAAAGGAAAAAAUGGAAAAGAGAAUCGAGGCCAUAACAGCGCCUCUCUCUCUCGACCCCCGACCCAACGACUUCGUUCGACCUGCUAAUGGCCACGCCACACCCAACUUCCAAGGAGAAGUCGGUGGUGAACCUAUGACCCUCGAUGCGCUUCGCCCAGUGAAUGGUGACUAUGGUUAUAGUCUGCGCAAUUUUAUCACUGACGACUCGAAUAUUCCCGCAGGAGGAGCCCCUGUAGGAGAAAUUUAUGCCUACCCGGAAUACGCUCACCGCAUUCCCUCGACCUCGGGCUUGCGGACUGGAGCAACCUGGGGGCGGUCGGAGAAAGAUGGAAAAGUGGGGAGAGGGUAUGGGAGCUGUGGGCGGGGGGAGGAGGUUGUGGGUGCCCCAAGCCGCCAAUGAGGCGGAGGAGGGGAGGGGGGGCCAUGGUGGUGGACCGGUUUUUUAAGCUCCGAGUGGUAUUGCUAUUUGGUUACUUCAUACUCCACGGAGGUGAUCGCGCACCUCCUUAUCGCCCAUUAGCAAUAAUUUGGUUUUUUUUCCAACGACCGCCCGUGUUGGGAUUAAGCUUUCUAGAUGGAGGCUGAUCCUUGCAGGGUCGAGGGGAAGAAGUUACGGAAGCCUAGGGCAGCCUCACGACAGAAUAUUUUAGUAUCAAUUUUUAAUCACAAAUUUUAAUUUUCACCCUUUACUUUCAACCUCAUUUUAUUUUAAUCUGUCAAGCAUCUUAUUUAUAAUGUACUUUUCACAAUUCAAGCCAUAAUUGUCAGGAGGCAAGGAAGAGCUGUGGGUUCCCUUUCAGAGAUUCCUUGUAUCACUCUCUACUCUCCCGAGCGCUGAGAUUUGUACCUGAAGAUAGACAUUGUGAUAGAAUUAUUGUUUUCCAUAUUGAACUUUCUCAAGACAUUGCAAUCCAAGUCAGAAUAUUCCGACCGGUA